GGGUGCAUGCAACUCGUUCUGUCCGGCGUGUUUGUCCUGCGUAUGAUGCCUGGUCUUGUUACAUACAUUUGCUCUUCGAUGCAGACUCGUCAUUCCUUUCCCUCUCAUUUGUAGCCAUUUGCUCGGAAAAUCACCAAAAAGAAAGCCGAAUUGAGCGGAGCGCGUCAGGAGGAAAUUCUGGCCGGUGUUCCCUGCAAGACAUUCAGGACUGGUGCCAGGACGCGUCGGAGAAGCACAAGAGUCGUUUGUGGGAGACGACGGAGCAGCAGGACACUACAUCCAUUGGAGCGAUAGAGACGGGACGUCUGUCGCUCGCGAACUGUUGGAAACGUGGAAGCCACCGACACCACCACGUCGACCGCCGCGUUUGCUCCAACGUCGCCGCCUGUCGUUGUCAAAGAUGCUGCUCUAGCUGAUCCGCCCACCGAACGACGAGGACGUGAUCGCGAGCCCUUCCUGCUCUCACCGCCCACACUGAGCCCCGAUCUUUCGCGCUUGCCUCCUCCGCGAACGCCAGCCAGCGUGCGGAGCAGAGAUAAUCAGUCCGACUACCACACUGCGCCUUGGGGCUCCCCGUUGGUGUACAACUUCUCAUCCUCGCCUGGCUCGAGGUCCGCUCACACUGCCUUCUCGCAACUAGAUCCUCUCGAGGAUAACAGCGAGCUCCAGUCGUCCCCAGCGAGCUUUGGAUUGGAACACCUCAUUCCCUCUCGCCUGGCAGAUCUCAGCUUGCCAGUAGCCCCUAACACUUCUCCGCUCGGUAUUUUCGACGACCAGACACCUCGGUCAAGGACGCAGCGCUGGGUAGAUCUGCCACAGCGUCUCGAGCAGUCGGAGCGUGCGCAUUGGUGGAGUGACGCGAGCACGUCAGACGCCGAAGGCCCGCGUAGAGCAUCUGUUGGUGGAAAGGUCAAGCGGCCGGGCCACAAACGUCGCGAGGAGAAUCGUACGUUGGAUCAGCAGAGUUUCUGGGAUACCUUGCGAGGUGAGAAAGGAGACGACAGCAUGUCGAGCCUCCUCGCAUCACGAUGGGCGGAGACGCCAGAUGCGAGUGCGGAAAACGCACUCGAGCGAGCGGGAGAGGAGCUGAAGAGUGCAGACACGACGGAGCAGUUGCCAAAGGACCUGCUAACGUCGCGAUGGGCGGCGACGCCAGAGGAAGAGGAGAAGCAGAAAAGGAAGGAGCUGUCUGAGCAAGAGUCGGUUCCGAGAUCCGGGGAGAAUACGGCGCCGCAAAAGCAGCAGAAAGAAGAGGUCGAUCCUAACUUUGUGCCGAAGAGCGUCAUGGCGUCGAGAUGGGCGGACACGCCUCCGCCUGAGGACGAGGAGCGCGAUUUGGUGAAAGAAGUGGCCGAUCAGCAAGCGCGAGACGCCGCAGCAAAGGAAGACGCGAUAGCCAAGCAGGAAGCACUCUUGGCCAAAAUCAAUGGAAGCAGCGACCCUGAAGGUGCCCCAGAGGCAGGACACGAGAGCCCCACUAUCACUCUCGCCGAUUUGCCCGCCUCGCUUGUGCCAGGCCCUCCGAAAGUGAGCGCUCCGGCGCCCACGCCUUCUCCUUCGAGGCUCGAACCGCCACGACUGAAGAAGAGGGUCAGUUGGCGUGGGAAGAAUAUAGUCAUCGCCAUUCCCCGAUAUGACUACGAGGCUGCUGGCUUCCCGAAGCCAAUGAGCAAGGAAGAAAUUGCCUCGCGUAUCAAGACUUUCGAGCACGCUGGCUACAGCACUUCAGGCUACGAUCUCACUGAGGAGUCGAGUAUUCGAGAUGGACCCGCCCAAGUCAAGGACAUUUUCCCAGACGAGCGUGAAGCACGCGUGCCUCGAACGAAGGAUCAGAUCAAUGUUAUGCUGCCGGAUCUCGCCAAAUGGAAGGCAUAUAUGGACUUCCUCACUGAACAGAAGUUGGCAGCUUUGGGCGUCUCCCUGGGCUUUGACGAGCCAGCACCUCUGCCGCCACUUCCUGUGCCUGGACAGAUGCAGGACUUGUCUCGACAAUCGUCUGGGCAGUACCCACCUCUGCCCUUCUCGCCACCAAUCCCAACUGGUUCAGCCUCGAGCAUGGGCAGGCCAACUCUCAUGCGUGGUCACUCGCACACAAUGUCUGUCGCCUCACCUAUAUCGCCAAUGAACGGGCCUUUUGGCCACAUGCAUAGGCACUCAACGUUCACCGGAAGCUCGAUCGGUUUCCCAGGUUCACAGCCUCAGUCGCAAUUCCCUCCGAGCAUGUCUCCGGGCAUUCCAGGUUUGCAAGCACAGUCUCCAAGCAUUCAAGUAUUCCAGGCUUUCAAUCAACAACAGCAACCGUUUAACUUGCAACAAGGAAUGUUGCCUCGUGGCGGAUCGCCAGCUCAGAUCGCUGCGUUGCGGCAAGAUCUUGGCCGCGGACCAGGAUCCCCCUUGAGCCAGCAAAUCCUCCCACAAUCUCCGCAAGAUUACAGUAGAGGAUUGGUCGAAGAUUACAGGCGCAAGCAACACGCAUACUCGCAGUCGAUGGCCGCACCCUCGAUGCCUAACUCGUUUCUGCCGUACGGCUCACACGGAUCUAGUCUGCGGCCCACCCCGGCCCUUCCGGAGCUCGCAGAGGAUGACGAAGAGGAGCAAGAUGAAGCCGACGAGGCUGAAGCGUCCACGUAUGUGCCGCCGCACAAGAGGGUUCAAGCCAGUACAGAAAUUGUAGUCCCCACACCGAAAGGUCAUCGGCACAAUAUUAGUGAAGGGCUCGAGCGCGACCUUCUCGAAGCUGAAAAGCGAGAGAAGACUGUCAACCGCGAUGUCGCCAAACUGGCGGAAGAGUCAGAGAGUUCACAGGCUGAAUCGAAAUCGCCUGAUGUGGUAGCCAUUGUUGCCCCCAAGGACAAACAGCCACCAGCAUCACAGGUCGAAAGAGAUCCGCUUGGCGAUCAACCGGUCCAAGAAUCUGCGCAUAGCCGGAAGAAGAGCGCAUCCACGCGUUUCAACGUCGCCGCUCCGUCCUUCACCUUCAACCCAAGCGCGGAAUUCAAGCCCUCUCAGCCAUUCACGUUCGGUGCACCAACUACGAUCCCGACUUUCGAUACGCAGUCAUUCGCGCCGGUACUGGCAGCACCAGCACCAGAUGCAGGGCGAAUGAUUGGACACAACAGGCAUCAGUCUUCUGGGUCUUUCAACGCGAAUGCCGCGACUUUCAAGCCUACGUCGUCAGACUUCAGCUUCUCAGCUUCAGGUCCUGCAUUCGGAUCAGACGCUCCGAAGCAGCCAAUGAAUGCGCCUUCCACAAUCGUUGACGAACUUCCAAAGAUCUUUGGAAAAGUUGAUAUCCCAGACAUCGUCAAGCCUGCGCGUAGGUCUAAGGCUAUUGCAAUCGUGAAGCCUCCGACGCCGAAGGCAUCAUCGGACUCGGAAGAGCCAGUGGACGAUGAAGGACGCAUUCAACAAGGCAAUGCAAAGAGAGGUCGCAAGAUGCGUGAUGACGGAGACCAGGUUCCACAAUUUGCGCUGCCCUGCGAUGUGCCCGCCUUCCCUGUGCCGGCCGAAAGAGUACUCGGUUCCAAUGUUCCCGAGAGACCUAUGUCUACAUUGGAAGAGGCUGAAGCAGAGGUAGAUGCCGAAGAUGCUGUCACUGAGAUUUCUGAAAUCACUGCGGACACUAGCAAAGCAGAGGUCAUCGAGCACGAAGAAGCCACAACAGCUGGGGCUGAAGCACAUCCCAAGCAUGGCCACAAGCACUCAACAUCGCUAUCAGCGUUGGCCAAGCCGUUCCAGCCACCAGCAACCGCGCCUGCUGAGACCAGCGAAGUCACUGCAGCUACAGAAGACCAGCGUUACGACUCUAUUAGCGACCUCGAAGAAGGCGAAAUCCGCGAAGAUGGCCCAAGAGUGGUUUCUCCUAUCGCACAGCCUUUGUCGUUCGGCCUGGACACACGUGCCUUCCAUGACCGGCCACAGCGAGCUUCGCAGGAACGCAUUGAUAUUGUAACAGAUGCGGGCCCUUCGUUUGACGAGAUCGAUGCCGUCAUGCGCCAUCUGAAUGCCACGGAAUCUGAGAGAGAGCCUACACCAAUGCGAAUGCCAAGUCCAGGCUCUCAUCCAAUGAAGGGUGUGACCUAUCUGGCAGACUGGGGUCGUCGCGAAGCACCCAGUCCCAGCCCACGUCGGCAGGAUACGAGCGCUACACCACAGCUUGAUCGCACGACAGACCUCAGUGACAUGGCUUUCCCCGGUUACCCGCAUGUGCGACAACUCAACAAGGCAGAGGAGGUACCCACCAGUGAUUGGUCCGACAUGCUGUCACCUCCCGAUGCAGAGAAAUUUGACCAGCGAAGCACUUUCUUCGACAAUCACAUCGACAAACUCAUCGGCCGCGCUGUGGAAAGCAGACUUCUGCCACUUGAAGAAAGCUUACGAAGCAUUCAGAAUACCGUCAUUAGGCGUAACAAGUCUUCUGACUUGCAGCUUAAGCGUACACCGUCUACUGUUGAAAGUGACGCGGAUGACGAGGACGAACAAUCCGACGAACUCAAGACUCGACCAAUCUCCCGCGGCCGCGACAAGCGCAUUGACCAGAUCAAGCUCGCCGUUCUCGAGGCGCUGCGGGAGCAAAGUCCGAAACGCAUGCAACAGCAAGCCAUGGACAUCGCCGACCUGCACACUGUCUUGGCUGAUAUGAAAGUAUCAUUCGCGCGUGCUGCUUCUUCCAAUCUGGAAUUGGACGAUAUUCGUGCCGUGGUAGAGGAGACUGUGAGGAAACAGCCAGAGUCGGCCACACCAGCAGAACAAGAAGGGCCCAAGCGGGACGAAUUGUUGGAACUCGAAGGGCGCCUGAAUGAGACGUUGGCGAAAUCACUUGAGGAGGCUAAUCAAAGACGAGCCAUUGAAGAGCGCGAAGCCGAAUCGCGACGACAGUUGCGGCUUGCUGAAGAGCGCGAAUCUCAAGUCCGUACGCAGUUACGUCUUGCCGAGGAAGAGUUGCAGCUCCAACGUGAUGCGGCUAGAGAUGAGGAGCAAAAGGUGCGCGUGAUGGAGAAGGAGCGGGAGGCAUGGAUCGAGCGAUUGGAUGUGGCCGAAGAAGCCCGCCAAAAGGCCCAAGAGCGCAUUGAAGACUCUGAGGCCGAGAAAGAAGCUCUGCAAGCAACGCUCGAAGAGUACCGCCUUUCGAGCCACAAGUGGCGGCAUGAUUCUGAAGAGGGCAAGCGAGUCCGAGAGGAACUACAAUCCACCGUCAAUAUGCUCACUCGUCAAGCUGAGGAGUACCAAGAGUCUACAAUGGGCAUGAAGCGUCGACUCGAGAAGCUCCACGAGGACAUGUCCACUGCAGCUGGGCAACUUGCUAGCGAAAAGGCCGUUUGGAGGUCGAAGGAGGAAGAAUAUCGCGCCAAGAUUGAGGCUCUCGAGCAUCAGCAGCUGGUAUCCGCUCGCGAACGUGCUCAGCUCGUUGACGAGAUGCGCAUCGUCCGUGCUUCCGCUGUCGAGAAUGCUGAAGCGCGCAACGCCGUAGACCACGCAAGGUCCUCCAACCAAGAGCUGCAGGAGAUGAUGCACAAGUUACAGGCCCAACUCACCGAGCAGCAAGGCCUGACCGCACGUUACGAGCGCCAAUUCUACGAUGCCCAGGAAUCGGGACGAGCUGAAGUGCAUCGUACACGCUUGGCUUUCGAGACUGAAGUCGAGGCUGCUAACAACCGAGUCAACCUUGUUCGUGCCCAGCUUGAGACGGAGCUCAGCAGGACGCGCUCAGAGUUGGAGAAUGUGAGAAUGGAGCUUGAAACUAUGAAGGAGCGCCAGGAACACCUGCAAGAGCAAGCCGAGACCGACAAGCGAGAGGCCCUCCGAAAAGUCAACCACUCCAACAGCGUGGCUCUUGAUGAGGCGCGGCACAAAUAUGAAUCUGGUAUUCAGGAGCUCACAUCCCAGCAUUCGCGUGCUUUGCGACAUGCUCUUGAGGACAAAGACCGCGUAGAGUCUGUCUUGAAUGAGCGACUCAACCUCAUGCAUGAGAAGCUACAACACUACCAGGAGAGGUGCGCUCAUCUUGAAGAGAGACUUGAAAUCGCUAAGACUGCAGCGCACCACGCCGCAAAGACAGCAAGAGCAUCAAAGGCCGUAGCGUCUCCGGCAUAUGCACCACAGGCGUCUUUCGGACCGCCUGAAAAGAUCUCCCCACAGGCUUUGCGCGAGUCGAUUCUAGUCCUUCAAGAGCAACUCCAGGAGCGCGAGACACGAAUCGAGCGCCUCGAGGCAGAUGCUGAAGAUGAAGGACAGACCAAGAAGCAGAAAGAGGACGAGAUCGCCUUCCUCCGCGAGCUCCUUGCUGUCCGCAAUGAGGAGCUCAACGAACUCAUCACUCUGAUUCAAAAGCCAAACUUCGACCGUGCUCGCUGCCGCGAUAUCGCAAUCCGCCUUCGUGCCAACCUUCAGAUGGAGCAGGAAGAAAAGGACCGCUUCGCUCGGCCCAGCGGACAAGCACAGAGCGUCACGGGACAAGCAUCAGCUCUUCUGAGCAGUCUCGCUACUCCAAAGGUUGCCCAGCAGCAGCUGAGCAGUGCCUUCAGCAAAUGGAGAGCGAAUAUGGAAAGCUCGGCGUUGAAGAAUGCUCCACGCUACAAUGCAGAUGGCCGACUGACGCCAUCGAAGGGUGCGCCUUCGCAAGCACCAUUGCCAAAGGGAUAUCAGUCGGGCCUCAUGACGCCCCCUGCAAGCAACUUCCGCAGCUCGCCCCGCCCCGAGUCGACUGACAAGCUCCCUCCACCACGCCUGAACAGCAGGCAAAGCUCGCACUCGAAUCGACCAGUUUCACGAGGCUCGCAUCAAAGUGCGGGCACUGAGCGACCACGAAGUCGUCACUCGUCGGGCACCAGUCAGCGACCUGUGCCAUUCAGACAAACGUCGGGCACGUCGCAGGAGAGUGCUCACACACCCCUGUUCCGUGAACAGAGCUACGAUCAAGAUGCUGAAGACAGUGCGCCCAUUGUCCUUGAUGAGGUCGAAGAGAGCUUCGCAGAGGACGACAGCCUCGAUGACAUCCCUGACAGUGCGGCUCCGCCUGGCUUCAGAAGCCUACAAGACGAGAUGGGGGACCCGACUCCUAUGAGUGAGUUCUCCGAACCACAGGCCGCCUGACCCCGCUCGGGCCGACAUAGAAGAGCGAUGACAGUUCAAGAAGCUGUACUGGAGUUGAAGAAGAUGGUCAGUCUGGAAAGUUUGACACCGAGCAGCGCAACGGCGUCAUUGGCGUCUGUGGAUAUGCCGCCAUGGCUGUUUGAGGCGAUGGAGGAGACGGAGAGCAGUGCGUAAGAGAUGGAAUUUCAUUUGUUGAAGAUGGUAUUUGAUGUGUGGAAAAUAUGGUUUCCGGUCAUUUUCGUUUUGGAUCUGAUGCAUUUGCGCAAGAUACCCCAGUGCGACCACCAGAUUGGAAUCUGCUAUUUGAGACUGACUGUAUUGUUUGGACAUUGUUUGAACCGAACCGGUAAAUGUAAUUGAAGAGGCACACACACACACGUAUAGUCGUAGAUAACGUCUUUUGAUCACUACUCUCACACCG